AAACACGAUUGAAAACGGGCAGCUAUGCCGCGCGGUGCAGAAAACGGGCUGGACGCGUCCGCUUGGAACAACCGGUGUACCGGAGGACUCACCCGGGGACUGCAAGACCGGGAGGCUACUGAGAGGCGUUAACAGCGAGACUUUCCCCGGGGGUAACCUCCUCCCGACACCGCGGCGAAGGCAGCGGUCGACGAAUCCGUCUCUUCUCCCGGUUCCCUCUCUCUCCUCCUCCUCCUCUCCUCCACAAGAGAAACACCAUCAGACAUGUUGCUGCUAAACGUGUAGGAUUUACCCCCCGUUGUCGCUUUGUUUGUACCGACUGUAAAUAGAAGUGAGCAGGGAGCAGCGAGCAGCAGCAGCGUGUUCACUAUGGUGUCGCCGGCGCUCCGCAGUCGGAGGUGUCUGAGCGGCUGCUGUGUGGGGACGCUAUGCUUGCAGUUGUUGCUGUGGAUUUUAUGUGCCGUGAACGGCGAGGAGCAGCCGUUCAAUGUAGAGUCAUGGCUCCAGAGGUACGGCUACCUCCCUCCUGCAGACCCCAGGAUGUCGGUGCUGCGUUCUGCUCGAGUCAUGCAGUCCGCUAUUGCUGCCAUGCAGCGCCGCUACGGCCUCAAUGUCACAGGGUCUCUGGACAGCAGCACUAUAGGCGAUAACACGAUAAGGUGGAUGAAGAAGCCCAGAUGUGGGGUUCCUGACCAGAUAGGAGGCGCAUCCAAAUUCAGUGUCAGGAAACGGCGGUACGCCCUUACAGGACAGAAGUGGCAACACAAACAUAUCACAUACAGCAUAAAGAACGUGACACCCAAAGUGGGUGCAGAGGAGACCCACGACGCCAUCCGACGAGCCUUCGACGUCUGGCAGAAUGUGACGCCGCUGCGCUUCGAGGCCGUGCCCUACAGCGAGCUGGAGAGGACCAAGAAAGACGUGGACAUCACCAUCAUCUUCGCUUCAGGUUUCCACGGCGAUAGCUCGCCCUUCGACGGCGAGGGUGGCUUCCUGGCCCACGCCUACUUUCCAGGGCCGGGAAUAGGAGGCGACACACACUUUGACUCAGACGAACCGUGGACACUGGGCAACCCCAACCAUGACGGUAACGAUUUGUUCUUGGUGGCGGUCCACGAGCUCGGCCACGCACUCGGCCUCGAACACUCCAACGACCCCACGGCCAUCAUGGCUCCUUUCUACCAGUACAUGGACACCGACAACUUCAAGCUGCCCAUGGACGACCUGCUGGGCAUCCAGAAGAUUUAUGGUCCUCCUGAUAAGCUUCCCCAGCCCACCAAGCCUUUGCCGACGGCGCCCCCUCCCCGCUCCAAUCCUCCAUCAGACCCCCGUAAGCCGGACAGGCAGACACGACCUCCGAGGCUGCCCCCCGGAGACAGGCCGUCCCACCCCAACGCUAAACCCAACAUCUGCGAUGGAGGCUACAACACCCUUGCCAUAUUGAGGAGAGAGAUGUUCGUCUUUAAGGAUCACUGGUUUUGGCGGGUGAGAGAUAACUCCGUCAUGCCGGGGUACCCCAUGCUCAUCAGUGUUUUCUGGAGAGGCCUUCCGCCCAAGAUAGAUGCCGUCUACGAGAACAGCGAGGGCAAGUUUGUCUUCUUCAAAGGGAAACAGUUCUGGGUGUUUAAGGACACCGUGUUGCAGGCUGGAUACCCCAAGGACAUCGCCCAGUUCGGCCACGGCAUGCCGGCCCAGAGCAUCGAGACCGCCGUGUGGUGGGAGGAUGUGGCCAAGACCUACUUCUUUAAAGGGGACAGGUACUGGCGUUACAACGAGGAAAUGAGAACCAUGGACCCAGGCUAUCCCAAGCCCGUCACAGUGUGGAGAGGUGUGCCUGAUUCGCCACAGGGGGCCUUCGUCGACAAAGCCAACGGUUUCACCUACUUCUACAAGGGUAAGGAGUACUGGAAGUUCAACAACCAGUUCCUGCGCGUGGAGCCGGGCUACCCGCGGUCCAUCCUCAAGGACUUCAUGGGCUGCGACCUGACGCCCAUCGACCCGGCCCGACUGCCGGUCGAUGACGGCAACUCGGACGUGGUGAUCGAGCUGGACAACGAGGCGAACACGGUGAAGGCCAUCGCCAUCGUCAUCCCGUGCGUGCUCGCGCUGUGCCUGAUGGUGCUGGUCUACACUGUGGUGCAGUUCAAGAGGAAGGGCACGCCGCGCCACAUACUGUACUGCAAACGCUCCAUGCAGGAAUGGGUCUGAAACGUCGAGGUAGAGGAUGAGAAGGUGGGGAGAGGGAGCGAACAGGAUGACAGCCCCCCACCUUUCACAGAGGAGGACAGUGGACUUUGGACAUCUUCAGUGGAAACACACAGCCACGUGUCCUCCUCUUGGGUGAUCUGAUACCUUCGUUCAGACCCUCAGAACCAACCAGACAGCCUGUCGGUGACCCCAGGACUUCAAGUUGACUCCGCUAACCCUCAGCCUUUUUAACAAACGGGGGGAGCAGAGGGACACCUUGUGGGGGGUCUUUGCCUGAUAUGUCAGUCCCAGUUAAAAAAAAACCAGGAGGAUCAGUAUCACUUUGUAUCUCAGAAACUUGACUUCCCAUCCCCAUCCCGCUUUUAUUUCUUCGCCAGACUGCUCUUAAUCAGAAGGAGGACUUACACGGGGCACUGCAUUGUCAUCUGUCAUAUCAGGUUGUUGAUUAAAACAAUAGUUUUCUAUUUUCUGAUCUCGGUGCCCCCUCGCUUCAUACCGCGCUCAAAAGAUGAACAGUCUCAGAUAAACAUGAGUUAAUCACAUUACCAAUCUUCAAUCCUUGUUCUGUCAUUUUUAAUUUUUUUAAAUUUGAAUUAUUUUAUUUUUCAUUUUUUGAGUAAGGAGAUCCUCACCGUUCCCUUUAACACGCUCCUGAGGAAGAGACCAAAUGAAACCAAAUAAAAUCAAUUUCUCUCCAAAGAGGAUUACAUUCUUUUUUUUUUUUUUUUUUGUCAUUUCAGUUCAAUCCUUUCUUCCCCUCUCUGGAUCCUUGCAGCGAUUAAGAGUCGGGGAGCAACUGACUGUUGUGGCAGUCUGUUUGAGACACAGGGGCCAAAUUAUUCUGCAAUAUUUUAACUCGCCUUAAUUAUAGAUCAUACUACUUGUGCUUGGUUUUGCUGUUCUUGGAGUUGUUGUUUUCUUUUUUUAAUUGGUAUACCGCUUUUGUUUCUAUUUGUUGUUUGUUAUUGGUAUUUCAUGGUUUUUAUUACGUUACCCAGAGUUCUCAGCACUGGCUUGCUGAGCCAUAAUGGACAGAAUAUACAGUAGGGUCAGCCUGUAUUGAGAGUAAUGUAUUAUAUCGUAAAAAAGAUGUAGGACGGUUCUGGAGUAAAGCCACUAUUUUUGUGUGUUAAAAUAUUUGUACUGUUACUUUUAUCAUUUCCAUACAACAGAAAUCUGUCUAAUCAUGAGCUUGAAAGCUUGUUAUUGGAUUUGCUGAUGUUCUUUUUUUGUCCUCGGCCCAUAUUCCCCUCAGUUAGAAGAAGUGUGCAUCCAAAAUGGUCACUCUGAAUGGUUAUUUGUGAAUGGACAGACCAUUUCUUAAAAAGAAUCCUGUUGACUGCCUUGUUUGAGAGAGCUUACAGUUCCCAGAAUGCUCUUGUCUCCUGACUGAGGACCCACAAAGUGAGACACCAAGUCAAUCAGUGCCUGUGUCAACGUGCAUGCAAGCAUUUACUGUACAUCCAACCGGUUCUGCUCAACAUGGCUUUGGAACCCCUCAAAAGCUGAGGAGGAAGAUUUCUCUUGAAAAUACUAUCUGCAUUUAUUUUUGUACAUUUUAAGUGUACCCCAACCCCCUGUCCCCUUACUUCCAGGUACAAUUAAAUAUAAGAAAAAACGUUAAAAGAUUCAAGUGGUACAUUUGGGAAAUCUUCUAGAGAUCUGAUGGAUAAUUGGCAAAUCAAAUUGGCUUCAGUAAACGAGUUAGCAAACAUGAAGUGUCUCCGCUGUGACGGCGAGCAGUCUUUGAAUGUGUGUCUGUUUUCAUGAUCACAUACUGGUUUUUCUUUCUUUCCUGUUUUCUGGUCAAAACAAAUUGGACAUCUCACAAUGACUUCUUUGUGUAAGACUUUGGGACAACGGGGAAACGUGUCCUGACAGAAUGAAUAAAUUGAUCAAUAUAUGAUUAA